AUAAGUUGGCGAAUCGUGUGCGCCCAACUCUGACUGUAAUCCACUAUUUCUAAUUUUGCAUGGUACAGGGAGGAGAAAGAAGCAGGUUCCAUGCUACCCUGAUUGGAUGAUGGAAUAAAGACCGAGGAUAAAAAGUUUUGCCGCGCUUUCUGUGAUUCUUUUCAACAUGAAACAAACUAUUCUCGUGGAAGCUUAACCAUUCCCUCCCUACAUCUGCACCGACGAAAAGGCAGCAUUGCCUUGCUCGCGACUCGACGGUGGAGGAACGAUCCAUGGCCAAGCCGGCUCCGACUAAGAACGCCGGCGACGGAGCAACGGCAGUGGUGCCAGUGCCGAGUCCGUUCGAGUACCAUGUCUAUGGCCCCCGUAAGCUGUCCUUCACCAGCUGGAGAGAUCUUCUUAGCUCAAGCUGGAAGAACCCUGACUACCGGCGGAUGGUGAUCGCGUGCUUCAUCCAGGGAGCGUACCUUCUGGAGCUGGACCGGCAGGAGAAGCGCGACGAGCGCACCGGCCUCGCGCCGCAGUGGUGGCGCCCGUUCAAGUACAGGCUGGUGCAGGCGCUCGUCGACGAGCGCGACGGCUCCAUCUACGGCGCCGUCCUCGAGUGGGACCGCCAGGCCGCGCUCUCGGACUACAUCCCGUUCCGCCCCACCCGCGCGCCCGCCGCCGUCGUGGCGCUCCGCGGCACGCUGCUCAAGGCGCCCACGUUCCGCCGCGACUUCGUGGACGACCUCCGCUUCCUGGCCUGGGACAGCCUCAAGGGCUCCGUGCGCUUCGCCGGCGCGCUGGCGGCGCUGCGUGCGGCCGCGCGGAAGUUCGGCGCCGGCAACGUGUGCGUGGGCGGGCACUCGCUGGGCGCCGGGUUCGCGCUGCAGGUGGGCAAGGCGCUGGCCAAGGAGGGCGUCUUCGUGGAGUGCCACGUGUUCAACCCGCCGUCCGUGUCGCUGGCCAUGAGCCUCAAGGGCUUCGCCGAGACGGCCGGCGAGCUCUGGGGCCGCGUGCGCGCUUGGAUACCGUACAUGGGCGCGCAAGCCGGCGGGGACGCGGGCGGCGGCGGCAACAGCGAGAGCGAGGCCAAGGCGUCGCUGGCGCGCGCCGGGAUGGCCAAGUGGCUGCCGCACCUGUACAUCAACACCAACGACUACAUCUGCUGCUACUACAGCGACGCCGCGAGCGGGACGGCCACCGUGGCCAUAGGCGGCGGGGGCGGGAGCGGCACUAGCAAGGCCGGAGUGGCGAGGAUGGUGGUUGUUUCCAAGGGGCCGAGCAAGUUCCUGGCCGCGCAUGGGCUGGAGCAGUGGUGGGCUGACGAUGUCGAGCUGCAGGUGGCGCUCAACCACAGCAAACUCGUCGACCGCCAGCUCAGGUCGCUCUACGCCCCGCCACCGGCCGCACCGGCCGCUCGGAGUUAGGCACGUGUGCCAGUGGUGCUAUUGACUAAUUAUCAUUGUUUUUUUUUUCUUUUCUCGUUGAAUGGUUAUUCGCAUUGUUGUUGUUCA